AAAACAAAAGUACAGUUUAUCUCACUCCAUAAAUACUUGUUUUUCAGAAUUAUAGUAAUCUCUCUUACAUUCAAAUGUGCUUCUUUCAACCUCCAAAGAACUUCCAGGUCAAAGGCAAUUGUUUCUGUCAGUGAUAUAGAAUACUUCUGCCGUCGGUAUCUUCUAUUAUAGUACUUGAGUUGAGAUGAGGACAGCUCCAAUGUGUUUUUCAAUCUUUCGAGUUCCUAGAUGCAGAAUUCAUACCUUGACUAAUUUUUGGGAAAGUUUCCACAGUUUAGGUAGGGAUUAUGGAAAUACUUUGCAAUUUAGGAUGCUUUCUUCCAAAUCCUCUGGAAUCGAAGGGGGAUAUAGUAAGAGGUGGACUAGAAGACCAAUUACUACAAAAUCAGAAGGCAACAAGACUACCCAAAGCAGUAAGCCAAGCCAAAUCUAUGAUGAAUCUUUUAACUUAAAGAUUUCGGCAAGCAAUACAGUAAAUGUAAAUAAAACAGAGAUAAAUGAAAUUCAAAGAACUCAAUGCUUUGAUAUUCGACAAAAGAUUGCUGAGGACAAAGAAUUAGCCAAGCUCGUGACUCUAAUUGUUUUUGAUAUCGAGACAACAGGCUUUAGCAGAGAGCUUGAAAGGAUCAUUGAGAUUGCACUUCUAGAUCUUCAUGGGGGUAAAAAUAGCAUGUUUCAAACAUUGGUGAAUCCUGAUAAAUAUGUUCCAAAUGCACAUGUUCAUGGUAUUUCAACCGAUAUGGUGUGCAGACCUGAUGUUCCAAGGAUGGAGGAGCUGAUACCGAUACUAAAACAGUAUAUUAAAAGCCGUGAGAAACCUGGGGGAUUUGUGGUGUUUGUUGCUCACAAUGCUCGUUCAUUUGAUGUACCAUUUCUGGCUAAGGAAUUCAGUCGAUGCUGUGAAAAAAUUCCCCCGAAUUGGCUUUUUUUGGAUACACUUCCUCUGGCACGUGAAAUGGUGAAGAGUGGUGGCUUGAAGCUUACUUCAGGAUUAUCGUUGCAAGCUCUACGUGAAUACUAUGGUAUUCCGUCAACUGGUUCAGCUCACAGAGCCAUGUCAGACGUGAAGCUCCUGUCGUUGAUUCUUCAAAGAUUGACUUUUGACCUGAAGCUACCAAUCUCUGGCUUAGUUCAAAAAACUUUCGCAGCAUCGGAUUUGAACACCAGUAAGAAGAAGAGUUCAAGCUAGUUUCAAAUCCUGCCGUGUUCAUGUACUAACCAUUUUAUUGUAAAAUUAAACUCAAUUCUCACGAAUAAAAUCCCAACUUACUAUUUAUCAUUA